AUUGUAGGGGUGCCCAUGGGGCUGGGAAUCAGACAUGUCCGGUUCGAGAGAGGCAGGUUUAGGUUUCCAGUGUUAGAGUAGUGCAUAAAUUGUCGUAUGCUGCAGUAUAAGGGCGUUAUACACCAGUUUCGUAGGCGGCAGAAAUGCAACAUUUAUUGGAUGCCAACCGCUGUGAAACCUAAUCGAAGAAGAAGUAUGUGACGUCAGCUCUGUUGCUUCCGGGUUUGCUUUAUUUUCCCUGACGUUCAGGUAGAUUCUUUGUUGUUUUGAGUUAUUGGAUAUUUAUUUAAAAAUGAACCGUAUUUUCGGCCGAGGAAAACCGAAGGGACCACCACCAAAUCUCACAGACUGCAUAGGGAAUGUUGACUCACGAGCGGAAUCUAUUGACAAGAAGAUUGCCAGACUAGAUGUUGAACUGGUCAAGUACAAGGAUCAGAUGAAGAAGAUGAGAGAUGGCCCUUCAAAAAACAUGGUCAAGCAGAAGGCGAUGAGGGUACUGAAGCAGAAAAGAAUGUACGAGGGCCAGAGAGACAACCUCACACAGCAGUCCUUCAACAUGGAACAGGCUAACUACACAAUCCAAACUCUCAAAGACACAAAAACAACUGUUGAUGCCAUGAAAAUUGGAGCCAAAGAGAUGAAGGCGGCCUACAAGAACGUGAAGAUCGAUCAGAUUGAGGAUCUCCAAGACCAGCUGGAGGACAUGAUGGAGGACGCCAAUGAGGUGCAGGAGGCGAUGAGCAGAAGCUACGGGACGCCAGAGAUCGAUGAUGAUGACCUGGAAGCAGAGCUGGAUGCCCUGGGAGAUGAGCUCCUGCUUGAUGAUGACAGCUCCUACCUGGAUGAGGCCAGCACUGCCCCCUCCAUCCCAGAGGGAAUACCCAGUGACAGGGCACCAAACCGGGAUGGAGUUCUGGUGGAUGAAUUUGGCCUGCCACAGAUCCCUGCUACAUAAUGGAUGGACAGCAGGCAGAAACCAAUGGCAACACUCCCAACUCUUUUUUUAUUUUUAUGUAUAGCCUUUUUACAACAUAUACACUGAGUAUACCAAAUAUUAGGAACACCUUCCUAAUAUUGAAUUGCGUGCCCCCUCCACAUACCCAAUCCCCCCCCAAAAGAAAUAAUUAUUAAACCUGUCUCCUCUCCUUCAUCUACACAGAUCAAUAAGGGAUCAUAGCUUUCACCUGGAUUCACCUGGUCAGUCUGUCAUGGAAAGAGGCUGCUUUGUAUACUCAGUGUAUAUCCGACUGACAUGCAUUACAUGGUGGUGGACAGAGAAAAACAACUUGCCUUAAUUAGGUUACCUUGAUUGAAUAACUGAUAAUGUCAAAAAUAUAAAUCAAAAAUCGAUAGUGAUGCUUGGCUAUAUUCAAAAUUAUUGUUCUUUGUAUGAACAAAUGUACUUUUUCCCCCCCUCCAAGGUGAUUCUUGGUAUUUAGAUGUUCUAACUUUCUACUGCAGCACUGUAUUGCCAACUACCAAUAAAUAUACAUGUAUUAUAUA